CGGCCUGGCCGCCCGCGUGCUCCUCGCUGGGCCCGCGGGCGAGGCCAGGCGCCUCCCGCCCCGCAGCGCAGACUCGUGGGGCGGGAAGGGGCCUCCAGAGGCCGCUAGUGCAGCCAGCACCAGCCCUGUCCAAGUCGUCCCUGCAGCUGAUCAUCUGCCCGCGACAUGAGACUAACGUCAGCCCCACGAGUCAAGCAGGUCCUGCUCCUGUAACGUCUAGUUAACAUGCACGCAAGAGGUCGCAGUCGGAGGGCCCCCGCUACCAUCCCUACCAGUCUGACCGUGGGAUGAAGAGCUUCCUGAUUAUAUCAUGGUCAUGGUUGCCAAUAAGAAGAGUCAGGAACAGAUGACAGAGGAUCUUUCCCUUUUCCUAGGAAACAACACUGUCAGGUUUACUGUAUGGCUCCAUGGUGUGUUGGAUAAACUUAGAUCUGUAACUACUGAACCAACUAGCCUAAAAUCCUCAGAAUCUAGCAUCUUUGAGAGCAGCUUGCCUCCCAGCAAAAACAGUUCAGGUGGGAAUGAUGAGAGAAGACGUGAGGAAAUCUUACAGCCUCUUACAGUCUCCAACUCUCGGUCUGAAAGAAAUGACUUACGAGUUUCAACCAGUUCACAAGAGCAAAGAGCCAAUGCUGUACGGCAGUCUUGUGAAGAUGGAUCUGCAUCCCGCUUAAUGUCAACAGUCAAGCCCCUGAGGGAGUUGUCACCUUCUGAAGCUGUGAUUGACAUUAAACCCGAACCAGAUGAUCUCAUUGAUGAAGACCUAAAUUUUGUUCAGGAAAAUCCAUCAUUGCGGAAGAAACCUAUUGUAACUGUAACUUACGGCUCUUCGCGUCCUGCUGCUGAAAUCUACAGACCACCAGCUAGCAGAAGUGCAGAUGCUGGCAUGCACUUAAACAGAUUGCUGCAGCAAGGUGGCCAACAGGGAGGCAGGCAGUUAGACAUGCAAAGCUGCAGGUCUUUGGAGGCAAUCCAGCUAUGCAAUCCAGAAGCAUUUGUCAGCUUAGCAGAGAAUUACAGGCCUGCCUCCAAACUGAGUGCUGAUAAAAUAAGCAAUGAGUUGCAGGAAGAAAGCUCCAGGAAGAGAAAAUUGCCAGUUAUAAGCUCAGUGGUCAAAGUGAAAAAAUUCAGUAAUGAUGGAGAAGAGGAGGAGGAAGAAGAAGACUAUGGGUUACGGAUAGGAAGCAUCUCCAGCAGUGUUUCUGUACCAGCAAAGCCUGAAAGAAGACCUUCACUGCCACCUUCCAAACAGGCAAAUAAGAAUUUAAUUUUGAAAGCAAUCUCUGAAGCCCAGGAAUCGGUUACAAAAACAACCAAUUACUCCACAGUUCCACAGAAACAGACCGUUCCAGUCGCACCCAGAACUCGAGUUGCCCAGAAUGAAACUCAGUUAGAAGUGAUCCAUGUGCAGACCCAACCGUCUAGACCAUGCUCCCAGACUCAGGCAGAAGAACUAAAAGACCAGACAAUAGAAAGAAUUCAAGAAACUGAACAAAGGCAGCUCUUUUCUCAGCUCCAAAUUGACCCUUAUGUUGAAGAAACUUUGCAGAUGGCUCAAGGUUAUUAUGCCCUGGAGUCUGUGGUCCACACAGACACUAGAUCGUUUAUUCUGAAGAAGCCGAAGCUGUCUGAGGAAGUAAUGCCACAGAACCCGGAGCUGGGGAAGAGGGCUGCAGAAGCCAUGCAGGCACUGUCAGGGCGUCUCAUACAGACACGAGAACAGCCUGCACAGCCAGAAAAGCCUCCUAGUCCCAAGUUCAUAGUGACACUGGAUGGUGUCCCCAGUCCACCAGGGUACGUGUCUGAUCAGGAAGAGGAAGAACUGUGUAUAACUGAAGGACUGAAACCAGUUACCCAACAUUCAGUCACAAGCAAGGGAUUAAAAAUCCCUCGAGUACAGCAGAUGCAAGUUGUAACCAGACAGCUGGGGAGCCCUGAAGUGGAGAUAGAGCAAAUGAGUGUGCCACAGAAACAGGAGAAGGUGCUUGAGCGUUGCAAGUACUGGCCUGCUUGUAAGAACGGAGAUGAAUGUGCAUACCAUCACCCCACGCUGCCAUGCAAAGUCUUUCCCAAUUGCAAAUUUGCUGACAAAUGCCUGUUUAUCCACCCAAACUGUAAAUAUGACGCCAAGUGCACCAAGCCAGACUGCCCCUACACCCAUGCCAGUCGACGCGCCCCAUUGCCACCUCCAAAACCAGCACCACUGCCGGCACUGCCUGUGUCCUCCAGCAGCCUGCUCUGCAAAUUCUUCCCUGCUUGUAAGAAAAUGGAAUGUCCAUUUUACCACCCCAGGCAUUGUAGAUUUAACACGCAGUGUACAAGACCAGAUUGUACGUUCUACCAUCCAGCUGUUGCCGUACCUCCACGCCAUGCCUUGAAGUGGACUCGAACUCAAGCCAGUUCCCCUAAAAGUAAAUGCUUAUGUAGCAGCAGGAGUUACAGGUUUUGAAAACCAACUCUGAAAGCCAAAACUUUCAAACUUAGGUGAUUUGAAGUUUGACAUCUAAGUGAAUGGCCUAGUUUUCAGAAGUGUUCCAACAGAAGCUGAAGUUGUUUGCAGCUACAGAUGUUCAGAAAAAUCAGGCCUGUCCUGAAAUAAAAUGCCUAAACAGAGAUUUAGGAGCUUAACUUUAGGUGCCAAAUGUUGGCUUGCCUUAAAAGUUAAAAUCUUUGGGGCCUUUUUUUUUUUUAACCUGAAAAGCAAGUGUUGCUGUUUUGACUGUUAACUGGAUGGGAUGGCAUAGCACUCCUCCCAUCAUCUUUCAUAAGUGGUUAAUUGUGUGGGGUUUUUUCGCCCUCCAGUGAAUAAUUAUGAUACGACUUGUGGAUAAAAGUUACCACCUUUGGACAGAGUGGAGAGGAACAUUCAUCAGAAGGAAAAGAGGAUGCUACAGAACUUUACAUGUUAUGAACUUGAAUAUAUAUUGUUUUCAUAAGAUAAAUUUGAUUGCAUAUUUGAAAUGUCUCUAAUUUUUCCAAGUUUGUAAGUUUAAUAGUUGGUUUUACAUUUUUUUACACUGUAAAGAGAAAAUG